AACAGGUGGACACUUAUUCAGCGUUUUACUGAGUCUUAUAUUAUAGAUUAGAGAUGUCUGAGAGUGUUUCUAAUGGUAUAAAUCACAAUGAUAAGCUGGAUAGGGGAGAGCUUGUUGAGAUGGUGGUGGAUAUCUAUGAGAGCGCAGAUGUUAUUAAAAGCCAUAAGCCCAACAUAGAGGUGGAGGACACCAACACAAAGAGCAGCAUACAAACUCAGUCCACAGGAGGAGACGCUGUAGAUAGCAGAUAUUACAAACUGGCUGCAGUGUGUCUGGGGCUGCUGUGUGUUAUUGUGUUGGCUGCAAUCACAGUGCUGCUCAUUAAGUUUGACAACCUGACUGUAGAGAGAGACCAGUUAAAGACCAGGUACACCAACCUGACUACAGAGAGAGACCAGUUACAGACCAGAUACACCAAUCUGACUAUAGAGAGAGACCAGUUACAGACCAGUUACACCAACCUGACUAUAGAGAGAGACCAGUUACAGAUCAGUUACACCAAUCUGACUAUGGAGAGAGACCAGUUACAGAUCAGUUACACCAAUCUGACUAUGGAGAGAGACCAGUUACAGAUCAGUUACACCAAUCUGACUAUAGAGAGAGACCAGUUACAGAUCAGUUACACCAACCUGACUGCAGAGAGAGACCAGUUAAAGACGAAAAAUACCAACCUAACUAUGGAGAGAGACCAGUUAAAGACCAGUAGCACUUCAUUGACAAGAGAGAGAGAGAGACUUCAGACGUGGCUUUUGCAACUUGGAUGGAGAUACUUCAACUCCAGUUUUUACUACAUCACUACUGGAACGAAGAGCUGGAGUGGGAGCAGACAGGACUGCACAGACAGAGGAGCAGACCUGGUAAUCAUAAACAACAGGGAAGAACAGGAGUUUAUCAACAAAACAGUUGGUAGCAGUGAAACUUGGAUUGGUCUGACAGACAUUCAAACAGAGGGGACCUGGAAAUGGGUGGACAACACAACACUGACCACUGGGUUCUGGUGGACAGGGGAGCCCAAUGAUUUUGGAGGCAAUGAGGACUGUGUUAUAACUGGCUUCAGAGGUGCUGGAUCUGAAAGAGUAUCAACCUGGGCUGAUUUUCCCUGUGGUGAUUCACGACGUGGAAUUUGUGAGAAACGUAUUUAAGUGAAUAGCAGAAACUAUAUUCAUUUUUAAGAUGAGGAAACAAAACACUAGUUUUCAUUUAUCAACAUGUAUAAUAAAACAUUUUCUUAGGACGUUUCUCAAGAACAAAUUUAAUAAAAAAACUUGGUGAAUGAGGCCCAACAUUCUGAAAUGCAAUUCAUGCAAGCAAUGCUCGUGAAAAAAAAAAAUAAAAUGUCAAAUAUUCGCUUAAGAAAAAGAAG